AUGCGAACUCCAAUUCUGCUUCUUCUUUUUACUCUCCUGCUCAGCUCGAUUUUCUGUUGUUCAGGGAAUUUGUCUUUAAAUAUUUACUUGUCUCCUUCUCAAUUGCCAAACCAACCAUUAUCUAUGAAAGAUUUCUCAAUGGAACGCGCAAGGUCAAUUCUGAUGAGUUUGCCCUUUGCUUCAUCAAAACUACCCAAAACAUGGGCAAUCAAGCCUUCUUCGGGAUCCCUUGCACCUGCACCUUCUCCAAUUUAUCUAGGUCCUAGAAGUUCUCCCUCACCAAGACGCGGUCAUCAUCGUCAUCAUCAUGUGAGAGCGAAACCCCAUGUUGUUCCUCCAGCACCAUCAAAAGACCCAGGUUGCGAUCAAAUCUGUGUGGAGCCACUUACUGCAUCUCCAUUUGGUUCACCUUGUGGUUGUGUGUUUCCCAUGAAAGUCAGACUUUUACUGGAUAUAGCUCCGUAUGCUAUUUUUCCUGUAAUGAGUGAGCUAGAGAUUGAGGUUGCCGAAGGCACAUAUCUGGCACAAAGCCAAGUGAAAAUAAUGGGUGCAAGUGCGGAUAGUCAAAAUCAAGGAAGAACAGUAGUGGAUAUUAACUUGGUUCCACUAGGAGAGAAGUUUGAUAAUACCACUGCAAUACUGACGUACGAUAGAUUUCGGCAUAAGAAAGUCCCUCUAAAUAUGACUCUUUUUGGAAAUUAUGAAGUGGUAUACAUUAGUUAUCCAGGAAUCGCUUCUUCACCACCAUAUGAGUAUUUCAAGGGGAAUGGUCCAGCUGGAAGUGCUGGAGAUCUCCCUAUCACCGCAGAUUUUCCCGGCAAGAACCAGAGGAUGAAUAUUAGAACAAUUGUAAUUAUUGCUCUGUCUGCAUUUGUACUCCUGUUGGUUCUCAUUGGGGCAAUCUGGAUCUUUGUGAAAUGGAAGAGAGUUGGAAGACCAUCUAGUGCUGUUGGUCCUGCAUUCACAUCUUCUGUUCACAAAAGAUCUGGUAUUGGGUCUAUCUUAUCAAGUAGUAUUGCAAGCUCCACUUCAGUGUCCCUAAUGUCCACCAUGGCUACAAGUAUUCUCUCUGUCAAAACAUUUCCACUUGCUGAGCUUGAGAAAGCAACAAAUAAGUUCAGUUCCCAAAGGGUGUUGGGAGAAGGGGGAUUUGGACGUGUUUACCAUGGAAUUAUGGAAGAUGGGACUGAAGUAGCAGUCAAAGUGCUUACAAGGGAUAAUCAGAAUCAGAAUGGAGACCGUGAAUUCAUUGCAGAAGUUGAGAUGCUAAGCCGAUUACAUCACCGCAAUCUGGUGAAAUUGAUAGGCAUAUGUAUUGAAGGGCGCACCCGCAGCUUGGUAUAUGAGCUUGUUCACAAUGGGAGUGUUGAGUCCCACUUGCAUGGAGUUGACAAGAAAAAGGGACCUCUUGACUGGGAUGCACGGAUGAAGAUUGCCCUUGGGGCAGCAAGAGGAUUAGCCUAUCUCCACGAAGAUUCUAAUCCUCGUGUUAUUCACCGAGAUUUUAAGGCUAGUAACGUUUUGCUGGAAGCUGACUUCACGCCCAAGGUAUCAGAUUUUGGGUUGGCUAGGGAAGCAACUGAGGGAAGUCAUCAUAUCUCAACAAGGGUCAUGGGAACUUUCGGGUAUGUUGCCCCAGAAUAUGCAAUGACAGGGCACCUACUUGUCAAGAGUGAUGUUUAUAGUUAUGGAGUCGUGCUGCUGGAACUUCUCUCUGGAAGGAAGCCUGUUGACAUGGCCCACCCUCCUGGCCAGGAGAAUUUAGUAACUUGGGCACGACCACUGCUAACCAGCAGAGAAGGUUUGCAGCAGUUGGUGGAUCCUGCCUUGGCUGGAACCUAUGACUUUGAUGACAUGGCUAAAGUGGCAGCCAUUGCUUCCAUGUGCGUUCACCCUGAGGUGACUCACAGGCCUUUUAUGGGUGAAGUGGUGCAGGCUCUAAAGCUCAUAUACAAUGAUACAGAUGAGACCGGUGGGGAUUGCUAUAGCCAAAAGGAGUCUUCCGUUCCGGAUUCUGAAUUCAAAGGUGAUCUUGCCCCUUCUGAUAGCAGUUGGUGGAACGCCGGUGGACUCACUCCCCGGUUAAAUUACGGGCAGACCUCUUCGUUCAUUACAAUGGAGUAUAGUUCUGGGCCUCUUGAAGAUAUGGAAAACAGACCGUUUUCAACUUCAAGUUUGGUGGGGGAUGAGAUAUCUUUACCAAUUAGACAUGGCAAUAGGUCAGGGCCAUUGAGAACAGUCCGGAGCAAGCCAGCAUUCUACAGAGUAAGAGGAAGUAGGAGUGAGCAUGGGGGACUCCUUUCGAGGAGUGCUCAGAAUGAUGAUGGCUUCUGGGUUUGAAGUUUGUUAAUUUUAUUUUUGAAUUUUGUACAGUUCAAAAAGGACUGAGGCUUUUAAGUAAAGCCAUCACUUGUAGUUUAGGUGUUCGAAAAUCCUCCAGAGUCCAUGUCAGAGGAUGAGAGGAAGAGAGAGAGAGGACAAUGGCUUCUAAUUUUGGAAUUCUUGAUUCAUUUACAUACGAGUUGGAUGGAGAUAUGUAAGUUGAAUAGUCUCCCUGUGUAUUAUAACGUCCCCGUAAGUUCAAUGCCUUAUUGAUUGACAUUGUUACCCGUUACAUUUGUUGGGCUGAGAGUCAUCUUCUUCUUGUAGCCAGAUAUAACUUAUCUGAUUCAUACGCUUUCCACUGAUGAUUGUCAGCUUCUGUUAAUUUGUACGGACAGUUUAUGGAUGUUAAAAGCUACCUAGCAUAUGCCUUUUGUUUU